AUGUCAAAUUGGUUUAAAGUUGCUAUUGAACAAAAAUACAUUACGUCAUUUGAGUAUGAUUCUUUUCAGAAUUGGGAAGAAAUAGGCAGAGGAGGGUCUGAUAUAUCUGAUCCAACAGGGAUAACUUUACAAGUAAUUAAUGGCAAAAGAGAAAUCCCUGUUAACGGAACUCCGGUUGACUUUAUGAAUAUUUACUGUGAUGCUUGGAAUGGUGAUCCAAAUUUACGUCCUAGUAUAGUCAAAAUCCGUGAUAAAUUAAAAAAUAUGCGAAUGACGAUGCUGAUGAUAGCAUCCAAGAUACAAAUUUAA